UCCACCAGUGACGAAGCCACUGGAGUUUUGACGUGGCUGCUACGUACCUGCCCGUUUGCCCACUCCGAUUGCAGCAAAGUUGGUGACGAGAAAUACGUAACUGUCAGUUUUACAUCUACUAUGGAAUAUGCCGUAAAAUAUGGCGCCUUAAAGAAGAUGUACAAAUUUCUCGAAAAGAGCAAUGGGGGUUACGUGAUGAUUCUGACAACUCUUUUCGCCGCUAAUUGAAGCAUCGUGAUUUCGAUCGAUCUGCUUAUGUAAAUGACGCAGUAAUACCGUCGAUCGCUGACUGGCGGGAAAUUUAAAAAUUUUGCACUUUAAUGGAUAAUCCCGAUUUCAAGUCGAUACCUUUUCGAUAUCGUUGGUCCCACUUUCUCUGACGAUGUUAAUCUUUAGUCUGGAAGUCAAUUCAUGAUAUUUCAAGGUUUGUGGUCCCCAGGCUAUGGAAAGUAUGGUUGAGGAAAAUGGAUCAGCUGUUGACCCAUUAUCUACGGGUUCUCAAGGUGGUGACGCAGCACCAGCAAUAGCUACAUCGGUACAAUCUCUCAAUAGAACACAUCAGCAGCAAACUCAUCAUCUGGUAGCCUCUACCAGCAUUGUGCAACUGACACUUCCUACGUCAGCGGCAACACAGGUACAAUCUGUUAUACAACCAAAUCAACAGUCAGUAAUUCAAACUGCAACAAAUAUUCAACCUGUUGCUAUUUCAAAGGGAAAUGUCAUUCUUGUUAGUAAACCCAAUUCUGUCAUUCAAACAGCUCAGGCUAGCUUACAGACUCUUCAGGUGGUUGAAACUGGAAGCGAUGAUAGUUUCUCAGAUUCAGAAGAAUCACCUGAACAGAGAGGGGGUAUCCUUACCAGACGGCCAUCUUAUAAGAAAAUUCUCAAUGAUCUAGGUGGUGGUGAAAUUACAGACGGUCGAUUGCCCCCCCUAGAAUCAUCUUCUGAGUGUGAUUCUAACGUGGACAGUGAAGUGUCUUCCCACUCGCUUCAUUAUCAGACAGUAAUCCCUGCUGGUACCAUUCAAAUUGCAACCCAAGGAGAAGGAGUUCCUGGGCUUCAUACGCUAACUAUGAGUAAUCCAGCAACAGCAGGAGGAGCUAUAGUACAAUAUGCACAAGGCCAAGAUACACAGUUUUUUGUCCCAGUUUCUGGCAAUGUUCCAGCUUAUACAGGACAUGGUGUUGUAGUAGAAGAUGCAGCUAGAAAAAGAGAGUUAAGGUUGCUUAAAAACAGAGAAGCAGCGCGUGAGUGUAGAAGAAAAAAGAAAGAAUAUAUAAAGUGUUUAGAAAACAGAGUCGCGAUAUUGGAAAACAGAAAUCAGACGUUAAUAGAAGAAUUAAAGUCGUUAAAACAACUAUGCGAACCGAAAACUGACUGAGGUUGGUGUUUAAUAUUGAGACAUUGUAUGAAAACUAUUAACCAGCUAAAAAACCUGUACAUGUCUUCUUUGUGUACAUUAUCCUAAACGUUGUUAGGUAAGCAAUGGUGAUGUACAUGCAUUCUUAUAAAUAAGUGUUUCUGUAACAUACUGUAUUUAAGUGCGAAUACGAAGGCUUGUGAAACUUGCUAUUACUAAAAAGCGAGAAGCCAAAGGUAUAUGAAAUACGACGGUAGCGAACUUAUAGGCAAUAUUCAGGAAGUCAAUCUAUAUUUUGGAUAAACUUAACACUCGUACGAAGACAGGUUAUUAAUGUAUGCAUAUUCAAAAUAUGUGUUGAUAACGAAACGAUAACAUCAGUGUUUAAAACAUAUUCAUUUAGGUUACAGUGACUAUGUGAUGUUAAAUAGUACUUUGGUACUGUUUUACCUGAACAUGAACAUUGUAUUCGUGUAGUUUCGCCUCUACUUUAGAAAACUUUACAAUAGCUGAAGCUCGAAAAGAUUACACAAAAACAACAAAGAAUAUCUUUAGUAGUCAAUUUAUAAUACAUAAUUGGUCACUAAUACACCUGCAUCAGAGAAACGCCUUAUACACUACAUUUGCUAAUGUAAUUUAGAAAUUAUUGUAGAUACAAUUACUGCAGUUUAAAGACACCUAAUUUCUGCGUGAAAGAAAGUAUAUUUAGACAGCAGUGUCUCUAAUUUAUUUUUCAAUUGCUUUGUUGUUUCGUAUUAAAAAUUAGAGAAAAUUUCUAAAAUUCUACUACCUGAACAAAGAAAUUGAAACAUUGUAAAUAGAUAGUAGGUGGAAAUUUUGCUGAUUUAAUCAUUGCUUCUGUAACAUGUACAUGUAUAAAGUGUCACUUCAAUAUAAUUUUUUACUUUACAUACAAAUUUCAGAUUUGUAUUAUGAGGAGAAAUAUAAUUUAUAUUGUAGAAAAGUGUGCGAUAGGAAAGCAUUAGUUAAAACGCUAUCAUCUGAUCUUAAUUUCUAUUUUAAAAUGCCUCAAGUGCAAAAACUGAAUAACAGAGUUUGUAAAAUAUGAAUGUAAUAUAUAUCUGGAGUGCCUUGAAGAUUUCUGUAUACUUACAGUAUACAAAUGACACGCGCAAAUGCGCAAAUACACACACAAUGUACGUAUAAAAUUAUGUUGUAGGAAAAAAUGGGUAUAUAUAAUAUUUUUAAAACUA